UGAACAUGAUGAAAAUUGACACAGAAAUGCUAUUGCAAUGCAGCUUAUAUGCUACAUGACCCACGUUACCAAAAUAAACAAUAAUAUGUCGUAUGAAGGUCUUGCUCAGUCGUAUGGAGAUCGUUUUUAUUUUUGUAGUCGUAUGGACAUCGUAAUGAUUCGUGUUUAAUCGUAUGGCGGUCGUGUUGAUUCGUGUUAAGUCGUAUGACAGUCGUGUUUGGUCGUGUGACAGUCGUAUUGGAGUCGUGUUAAAUGAGGUUAAAUCGUGUUGUAUCGUAUGAAUAUCUUAUGACAGUCGAAUGAGUGUCGUGUUCAGUCGUAUGAAGGUCGUAUGAGGGUCGUAUGAGGGUCGUUUUUGGUCGUAUGACGGUCGUGUUUGGUUAAGAAAUUUGCAUAAACCACAAGGUCGAGCACGAAUCAACACGAUUUUUCAACUUUUCUUAAAUCGUGUUCGCAAUUUCCUAAAUCGUGUAUGUGAGAUAGGGGCUUUACUUGGCGAGGUCCUGUGCCAAAACCUGUGAUAAUAUUCUGAAUCGAUGUCGCAACUUGGUCUAUAAUUAAGCAGUAAUGUGUCUUUUAAUGUCAAUUAUUUCAAUAUUUUGGGAAAACUUGUUAUUCAUAAUUAUGUACAUAUAUGUAAUACUGUUACAGUCUAGAGUGAUAGGGGAAGAGUGAGUGUAUAUAGCAGACUGGAUGUAAAGGUGGAUGAGCAGACAUAUGUAAUACUGUUACAGUCUAGAGUGAUAGGGGAAGAGUGAGUGUAUAUAGUAGACUGGAUGUAAAGGUGGGUGAGCAGACAUAUGUAAUACUGUUACAGUCUAGAGUGAUAGGGGAAGAGUGAGUGUAUAUAGUAGACUGGAUGUAAAGGUGGGUGAGCAGACAUAUGUAAUACUGUUACAGUCUAGAGUGAUAGGGGAAGAGUGAGUGUAUAUAGUAGACUGGAUGUAAAGGUGGGUGAGCAGACAUAUGUAAUACUGUUACAGUCUAGAGUGAUAGGGGAAGAGUGAGUGUAUAUAGUAGACUGGAUGUAAAGGUGGGUGAGCAGACAUAUUUUAGAGAUUGUAAUACUUGUACCUUUUAUAUGUGACACGAUAAUAAUCUAAUUUCAAUUGAAUUGAAUACAAUAAUCUAUUCUUUGACAGGGGAUUCCGAUAGAUCUACCUAUAAAUACCUGAGGACGCGUCAUAACAGUACACGGCUGGACGCGGGCAGUACUUUUGGGGAACUAGGCAUAGCAACCCGCCAUAGCAUUGAUAAAGCCUCGGUUAUAUCCCAUGCAUAUUCAUAGUGGGGUGUACGGUAUCAGACUAUACUACUACACUGAUAAACGUGACAUACAUAUACACUGUUUAUUUCAAUAUGCCUUACAGAUUGUGUUCUGUUUACCGGGGACACACAGACAUACUUGUUGUAAGAUUUUUUAGUUAAAACAUGGCGGUGAACGUUAUCGGUUUGGUAGUUAUUGCGGUGUUUUAUCUUAUCAUUCUCAUUAUCGGUAUUGUUGCUGGACGUAAGAGCACCAAAUCCAACGAUGCUGAGGAACUGUUUGUCGCCAACAGAAGCUUCGGUCUGUUUGUUGCCAGUUUCACCACAGCUGCUACCAUGGUCGGUGGUGGUUAUAUUAAUGGAACAGCCGAGGCUAUGGGGAGAGACGGAAUGAUCUGGGCUAUAGGACCGAUCGGGUACAACAUUGGUAUGGCCAUUGCUGGUAUAGUCAUUGCCCCGAAAGUCCGCAGCAUGGAAUACUCGACCAUCUUUGACCCGUUCCAGCAAAAGUAUGGCAACAGAAUGGGAGGCCUGCUCUUCUUCCCUGAGUUGUUGGGAGACCUUUUCUGGGAAGCCGCCAUAUUGGGAGCUUUAGGCACGACGCUUUCUAUAGUACUGGGCCUGGAUAUGACCAUGUCCGUGAUCGUGUCCGCAUGUGUUGCGGUCGUCUACACCUUUUUUGGGGGCCUCUACGCGGUGGCUUACACUGACGUCAUACAGCUCUUCUUUAUGGGAAUUGGCUUGGUUCUGGCCAUACCAUUCGCCGCCAUGAAUCCUGCUGUGGACCUGUCUCGUGUCCAGGACACAUGGACUGGUCAUCUUGAACCUCAGCUUAUCGGCCUAUAUCUAGAUACAAUUUGUAUGCUGAUUAUGGGAGGCAUGCCAUGGCAGGCACUGUACCAGCGUGUAUUGGCCUGCAAGAGUCCAGCCCUUGCCCGGAACGCGUGCCUCUUGGCCGCUCUCAUCUCCCUUCUGCUGGCGGUCCCUCCUGCAGCCGUUGGGGUCAUAGGAUCUGCCACAGAUUGGAACGCCACUGAAUAUCCAGGGAAUAUUCCUUUGGAGUACGAGCGUUGGACACACAUUUUCCCCAUGGUACUCCAGUACCUGUGCCCUAUGGCGGUCUCCAUCGUCGGUAUAGGGGCCGUCUCGGCAGCAGUCAUGUCCUCCGCCGACUCUUGUGUUCUAGCUACUGGAAGUGUUUUUGCAAAUAAUAUUUACAAAAACAUAUUCCGACCAAAGGCAACUCAGAGAGAGAUUGUUUGGGUCCUUCGCCUAACGAUAGUCGUUGUUGGUACCGUUGGAGCGGUCAUUGCCCUCACAGUGGGCAGUGUGUACGGACUAUUCAUACUGUGCGCUGACCUGAUGUACGUCGUACAGUUUCCUCAGCUUAUCUGUGUUCUAUGGGUCAAGUGUGCGAAUACAUACGGCAGCCUUACUGGCUUCGUCAUCGGUCUUUUCCUCCGAGUGGCGGGAGGGGAACCGUUCCUCAAGAUAGAUCCUUGGAUCAAAUAUCCAAUGCACCACGAAGAAUACGGACAGCUCUUCCCAUUCAAAACUUUUGCAAUGCUUUGUUCUCUAUUCGCCAUCAUUGGUGUGUCAUAUGUAACAGAAAGACUGUUCACCCAGGGGACCCUAUCCAAGAAAUUUGACAUAUUUCGUUGCUAUAGUGAAGAGAAGGGAAUGGAGAAGAAAGGCGAUACUGAAAUUGAAAGAAAAGAACCUCUUAUGACUAACAUAGAUCCAGACUUUUUUGAAAAUGGUCAUCUAGAACUGCGCUCACGAAAUCAAGACAAAAACUGUUAAAUCGUUUUGAAAAUUGGAUGUUGUAAAAUGUCAAAAAAAUGUCAAAAAUAUCAAAAUAUUAUUUAAAACGGUUUAUGCAUAGUAUCAUAUAUUUGAAAUGUAGAUGAUAUUAGAUUCAAAUGUAUCUUUAAAGGAACACUAUAUGAACUUUAUACUAGAUAUGAGUUCCAUGAAAAUGUAAUUGUAACGAAGUUGGCAUAUUAUUGCCUUCAUUAGAACAAAUAAUAUCAGUAUUACCAGGUACAUGUAUAACCAUGACUGCUCUGAAAACAUUGCCAAGUCUGUAGAAGAUGAAAUUAUAAUCGAACUCUGAAUAUGUUCAUAUUCUAUUAAAUAUGACCUUAUUGUCAAUCUGAAUA